CAGCAGCAACAGCAGCAGCAGCAACAGCGAUCCCUGGCAGGUCAUCCGUCGCUGCCGCCGCAGGGGGCGACCCAGCCGCCUGUGCUCGGGCACCAGCACGUGCCUCCACAGCUGCAGUCGCAGCGACCCGGCAUGCAUGGAGGCAUGGGGCGGCUACCAGCAGCAGCAGCUGCAGCCCCCGGUUUUCCGCUGCAGGAUAUCCUUCCCGUCAAUCCACUGUGUGGGGAGCACCCGGCCAUGGUUGGAUAUCGGGAGGGCGGCUCAGCAGACUGGUUUUCAGCGGUGCCGCAACAACCGCCGUCACAGCGGGGAGACACAUGGUCACUGCAGCGCCAACAGGGUCCGUUGCAGGGGCAGAUGCAGCAGCAGCCCCAGCAGCAGCGACAAUCAAUGGAGCCCUAUCUGCAGGGGGGAGCUGGCUCCAGGGUCGUUGAAGGCUACACGCCAUCACCAUUCCCACAACCGCAUCCCAUGCAUCAGCAGCAUCCGCAGUUCCCGCAGCAGCAGCAGCAGCAUCAGCAGUUCCAACAGCAGCAGCAGCAGCAGCAGGCGCCCUCCGCUGCUGCUGGCCACGUUUCGUUGAAGCGCUCUCGCGAGUUGACGCCACACAAUCUGUUCAUGCGGGAGGAGCUCAAGAGGCUGAGGGCGGAGCAGCCGGGGUUGCCUAAUCGGGAUAUGUUCAGGUUGGCGUCCAUGAAGUGGGCAGAUGAGUACGGCAGUCGUCGAGGGCAGAGUGCCAGCGUCAGCAGCGUCGGUGGCGGCGGCACCGGUGCUGCUGGUGCUGGUGCUGGUGCUGCUGGUGCUGGUGCUGUUACUGCUGUUGUCGGUGCUGCUUCCGAGGCGGCAGCUGCUUACAU